AUGGCCAAGAAAACGUACGAUUUGCUCUUCAAACUUCUCCUAAUUGGGGACUCCGGAGUCGGAAAAACAUGUCUGCUGUUCAGAUUUUCAGACGACGCAUUUAACACGACGUUUAUUUCUACCAUAGGGAUUGAUUUCAAAAUCAAGACAGUGGAGCUUGGAGGCAAAAAAAUAAAGCUUCAGAUAUGGGACACAGCCGGCCAGGAGAGGUUCCACACAAUAACAACAUCUUAUUAUAGAGGGGCCAUGGGGAUCAUACUGGUCUACGACAUAACCAGUCUGAAAACGUUUGAAAAUAUUUCAAAAUGGCUACGCUAUAUUGACGAGCAUGCCAAUGCUGACGUUGAGAAGAUGAUUCUUGGAAACAAAUGUGAUAUGGAGGACAGGAGGCAGGUCCCUAAGGAGAAGGGUCAAGAGAUAGCAGACCAGCAUCACAUCCCAUUUCUUGAGACCAGUGCUAAAAGUAAUGUCAAUGUUGAGAGAGCAUUCUUACAGUUGGCACAAGCCAUUCUAGAUAAGAAUGUAAAGAUUUCUGCGUUUGAUGACGUACAUGUGAUGUAA